AUGGGGAAUACAAUGAGUGUCCCAGAGGAAGCUGAAGAAGACAAUACAUGCACAGUAAAGAGCUAUCAGGCUCUAUCUGAAUCUCCUGACAAUAUUAAAAAUGGAUCUGUUGCAUUUGUUCAGACUCAUUCUCCUGCAAUGAAUGGUGAAGGGCGUACUGAAGAUCCAGCGACAGAUUCAUCCGUUGGAUCGGCGAAACUUGAUGUCAGCUCCACGGCGCCCGGAGCGAACAAAGCCCCGAGUGACAGGGCGGGGGAUCCCGCGGCAGCUGCGCGGGAGGAAGGCACACAUAAAAACCUGAGCCCGGCCCCGCCAGCAGCAUCGCUUCAGGACAUCGAUCUCGCAGCAUCAGUGACACCUGAGGGAGAGGAUGCGGCCGCCUCAAAGCCAAAACAAGUAACCUUCUUCGACAGGAUCUUCAAGCUGGAGAAGGGAAAGGAAAGGAGUAAACCACAAAGUGGUACCCAGGAGGAAGGGCAGACCUCAGACCUUCCUGACGGGCACAUCACAGCGAAAGAGGCUGCUGGAUUACAGAGCACAUUCAACGGCGUCCCGCGAGGGAAGGAGAUAGAUGACUGCAACCAAAAAGACCUACAGCAGGACUCAGCAGGUGUCAACGCUCCCAGUGCUGAGCAACCUGAAAAGGCAGAGGUAAAACAAGACAACCCCCAACCAGCUACUGCAGUAGAUAACUCCGUCAUGAGUUUCCUUAAAACACUGGUCUCCCCAAGUAAAGCUGAAGGCAAAAGUGAUUCUGAAGACAAGGGAUCAAAAGCGGAAAAAGGCCAUGGAGGGCAACCUGCUCUGAAGACAGCGACAGAAUCCCAAACUAAAGGAGCCAAGAAAAAGAAGGCAGAGAGUCCCAAGCUAGGACACAGCACAUUUAGUAAACUCUUUAGACAUAAGGCUGCAAAAGAGACCCAACAGACAACUAACACCAAAAGCCCUGAACAGCAGCCUGUUACCUCUGUAAAAUCAGACAAAAAUGUCCCUUCCUCCCAAGAGCCGCAGGCAACUAAGCAGAACACAAAAGCCCUGGAGCCUGCAGCCCAGCAGCAGGCAGUGGCCAACGAAGCCCCCAAAGAGGUGACGAAGGAGAAAGCAUCAUCCACUCCUAUGCCAUUGAGCAAGCUCUUCUGGAAAAAGAACGCGUCGGAAGAAGCAGAGAUCGUAAGCAAUGAAAAAGCAGACGCGUCUUUAGAAGCUGUGGCUCCGGACAAAGCUGAGAGCAAGAGCCCAGAAGCCGCAGAAGUGAAACCGAGACGGGAAGAAAGUAAAACCCCCAAAGCGAACCUGCGCAAGUUUUUUAAGCUGUCAGUCAAGGGUGAUGGAGGCACAACCAGUUCAGAAGAGGUAAAUGGCCCAAGCCCCAGUCACCAAACAUUAAACUCCACAGAGAGGCCAGUUGCCCCAGCUGAAAGUGAACCUGUGGGCCAAAAGAGCAAAGAGAGUUCGAAAGACAAGAAGGCUACAGUGGAGCUGACCAAGCAGAAAGGCAGCAAGCAGGAAACCAGGGAGCAGCCAGACUCCAGGGAGCAGCAAGCAGCCGAGACCGACUCCAUCCAGAACGGAGGAGACACUUCAAAGGAACCCUCCUUCAAGAAGACAGAGAAGAGGCAGUCACUUGGAGGGUUUUUUAAGGGCCUUGGCUCCAAGAGGAUGUCUGAUGCGGAAGUGCAAACAGAUCCAGUGUCUAUCCUACCUGCUGGAAAAUCCAAGUAA